AUGGUCUGUUUUCUACAGGUUCCAGCUGCUCUGCCAGCAGCUCAUCAAGUUCAAGCUCAAGCAGCUCAAGCUCCAGCAGUGAGUAUUAGCUUUGUAUUUGCUCGCAGCUGCAGUAGCUCAAGUUCCAGUAGUACAUGCUCAAGUAGUUUAAGCUCAAGUAGUUCAAUCUCUAGAAGCUCAAGUUCCAGUAGUUCAAGCUGUAGUUGCUCAAGCAGUUCAAGCUCAUGUUCAAGCCGUUCUAGUUCUGGCAGUUCAAGUUUCAGUAGCUCAACUUCCAGUAGUUCAAGCUCAUGUUCCAGGAGUUUAAGCUUGAGUAGCUCAAGCUCAACCAGUUCAUGCUCAAGUAGUUCAAGCUCAAAAAGCUCAAGGUCAUACAGCUCAAGCUCAAGCAGUUCAAGCUCAAGAAGCGCAACCUCAAGCAGUUCAAGUUCAACCUCUAGUAGUUCUUGCUCAAGCAGUUCAAGUUCAAGUAGCAUAAGUAGUUCAAGGUCUACCAGCUCAAGCUCUACCAGCUCAAGCUCUACCAGCUCAAGCUCUAGUAGUUCAUGCACAAGCAGUUCAAGCUCAAGCAGUUUAAGCUCAAGCAGUUCAAGCUCUAGCAGUUUAAGCUCAAGCAGUUCAAUCUUUAGCUGCUCAAGCUUAAGGAGUUCAAGCUCAAGCAGCUCAAGCUCAAGCAGUUCAAGUUCAACCUCUAGUAGUUCUUGCUCAAGCAGUUCAAGUAGCAUAAGUAGUUCAAGCUGUAGCAGCUCAAGUUCUAGUAGUUCCUGCUCAAGCAGUUCAACCUGUAGUAGUUUAUGCUCAAGCAGCUCGACCUCAAGUACUUUCAGUUCCAGCAGCUCAACAACAGUCUUCAACAAUAAGUACGUCUCAUAUUUCAUAGGUUCCAGCAGCUCAAACUCCAUUAGUUCAAGCUCCAGCAGUUCAAGAUCUGGUAUUUCAAGCUCCAGCAGCUCUAGUAGUUCAAGCUCUAGUAGUUCAAGCUCCAGUAGUUCAAGCUCCAGAAGUUCAUUCUCUAGCAGCUCAAGCUUGUGCAGUUCAAGCUCUAGUAGCUCAAGCACUCGCAGUUCAAGCUCCAGUAGCUCAAGCUCCAGCAGAUCAAGCUCCGGCAGCUCAAGCUUAAGUAGUUCAAGCUCCAGUAGCUCAUAUUCCAUCAGCUCAAGCUCCUGUAGCUCAAGCUUAAGUAGUUCAAGAUCAAAUAGUCCAAGAUCAAGCAGUUCAAGCUCAAGCAGCCCAAGCUCAAGUAGUUCAAGUUCAAGCCGCUCAGACUCUACUAGUUCAAGCUCCAGUAGCUCAAGCUCCAGUAGCUUAAGCCCCAGUAGCUCAAGCUCUAGUAGUUUAAGUUCUAUUAAUUCAAGCCUCAGCAGUUCAUGCUCAAGUAGUUCAAGCACUAGUAGCUCAAGUUCUAGUUCUUUAAGUUGCAGCAGCUCAAGUUCAUUUAAAUCUCCCUGUAGCAGCUCUAGCAACAGUCGAAUAAGUUCCAGUAGCUCAAGUUCCAGUUGUGCAAGCUCUAGCGGUUUAAGUUCUAGCAGUUCAAGCUCAAGUAGCUCCAGCUUAAGUAGUUCGAGCUCAAGAUGUAGUUGCUCAAGAAGUUCAAGCUCAAGCAGCUCCAGUUCAAGUAGUUCGAGCUCAAGCUGUAGUAGUUCAAGCUCAAGCAGUUCAAGUUCAAGCAGUUCAUGCUCAAGUACUUCAAUCUUGAGCAGCUCAGGUUCAAGUAGUUUGAGCUCAAGCUGUAGUAGUUCAAGCACAGGCAGUUUAAGUUCAAGCAGUUCAAGUUCAAGCAGUUCAUGCUCAAGUACUUUAAGCUCGAGCAGCUCCAGUUCAAGUAGUUCGAGCUCAAGUAGUUUAUGUUCAAGCGGUUCUAGUUCUAGCAGCUCAAGUUCCAGUAGCUACAGCUCAAGCUCUAGCAGUUCAAGCUCUAGCAGGUCAGGCUCUAGUAGUUCAAGCUCAAGCAGCUCAAGUCCAAGCAGCACAAGUUCCAGUAGCUCAAGUUCAAGUAGCUCAAGUUCCAGUAGUUCAAGUUCCAGUAGUUCAAGUUCCAGUAGUUUAAGCUCAAGUAGCUCUAGCAGUUCAAGUUCUAGUAGCAUAAGUUCCAGUAGCUUAAGCUCAAGUAGCUCAAGCAUCUCAAGCUCAAGCAUCUCAAGCUCAAGCAGUUCAAGCUUAAGUAGCUCAAGCAUUGCAAGUUCAAGCAGUUCAAGCUCAAGCAGUUCCAGUUCCAGCAGCUCAAGCUCUAGCAGUUCCAGUUCAAGUAGUUCCAGUUACAGGAGUUCAAGUUCUAACAGCUCAAGUUCCAUUAGUUCAAGUUCAAGUAGCUCAAGUUCCAGUAGUACAAGUUCUAGCAGCUCAAGUUCAAGUCCCUCAAGUUCCAGUAGUUUAAGUUCAAGUAGCCCAAGCUCAAGUAGUUCAAGUUCCAGCGGCUCCAGUUCCAUUAGUUCAAGUUCCAGCAGUUCGAGCUCAAGCUCUAGUAGUUCCAGCUCUAGCAGCUCAAGUUCUAGCAGCUCCAGCUCUAACAACUCAAUAUCUAGCAGUUCAAGCUCUAGCAGUUCCUGCUCCAGCAGUUCAAGCACUAGCAGUUCCAGCUCUAGAUGCUCAAUCUCUAGCAGUUCAAGCACUAGCUGCUCAAGCUCUAGCAGUUCAAAGUCUAGCAGUUCAAGCUUCAGCAGUUCCAGCUUUAGUAGUUCCAACUCUAUCAGUUGCAGCUCUAGCAGUUUAAGAUCUAGCAGUUCAAGCUCUAGCAGUUCAAACUGCUCAAUCUCUAGCGGUUCAAGCUCUAGCUGCUCAAGCGCUAACAGUUCCAGCUCUAGCAGUUCCACCUCAAGCAUUUCCAGCUCUAGCAGUUCCAGCUCUAGCAGUUCCAGCUCUAGCUGCUCAAUCUCUAGCAGUUCAAGACCUAGCUGCUCAAGCUCUAGCAGUUCAAGCUCUAGCACUUCAAUCUCUUGCAGUUCCAGCUCCAGCAGUUCCCGCUCUAGCAGUUCCAGCUCUAGCAGUUCCAGCUCUAGCAAUUCCAGCUCCAGCAGUUCAAGCUCUAGCUAUUCAAGCUAUAGAUGCUCAAUCUCUAGCAGUUCAAGCACUAGCUACUUAAGCUCUAGCAUUUCAAGCUCUAGCAGUUCAAGCUCUAGCAGUUCAAGCACUAGGUGCUCAAGCUCUAGGAGUUCAAGCUCUAGCAGUUCAAGCUCCAGCAGUUCCAGCUCUAGCAGUUCCAACUCUAUCAGUUCCAGCUCAAGCAGUUCAAGCUCCAGCAGUUCCAGCUCUAGCAGUUCCAGCAGUCCUAGCUCUAGCUGCUCAAUCUCUAGCAGUUCAAGCACUAGCUGCUCAAGCUCUAGCAGUUCCAGCUCUAGCAGUUCCAACUCUAUCAGUUCCAGCUCUAGCAGUUCAAGCUCAAGCAGUUCAAGCUCCAGCAGUUCCAACUCUAUCAGUUCCAGCUCUAGCAGUUCAAGCUCUUGCAGCUCCAGCUCAAGCAGUUCCAGCUCUAGCUGUUCCAUCUCUAGGAGUUUAAGCUCAAGCAGUUUCAGCUCUUGCUGCUCAAGCUCGAGGAGUUCCAUCUCAAGCAGUUCAAGCUCUUGCAUCUCCAGCUCAAGCAGUUCCAGCUCUAUCUCUUCCAGCUCUAGGAGUUUAAGCUCUAGCAGUUCCAGCUGUAGCUGCUCAAUCUCAAGCUGUUCAAGCACUAGCUGCUUAAGCUCUAGCAGUUCAAGCUCCAGCAGUUCCAGCUCUAGCAGUUCCAACUCUAUCAGUUCCAGGUCUAGCAGUUCACGCUCUUGCAGCUCCAGCUCUAGCAGUUCACGCUCUUGCAGCUCCAGCUCUAGCAGUUCCAGCUCUAGCUGUUCCAGCUCAAGGAGUUUAAGCUCUAGCAGUUCCAGUUCUAGCUGCUCGAUCUCUUGCGGUUCAAGCUCUAGCUGCUCAAGCUCUAGCAGUUCAAGCUCUAGCAGUUCAAGCACUUGCAGUUCCAGCUCUAGCUCUUCCAGCUCUAGGAGUUUAAGCUCUAGCAGUUCCAGCUCUAGCUGCUCAAUCUCUAGCAGUUCAAGCUCUAGCAGUUCAAGAUCUAGCAGUUCCACCUCUCGGAGCUUAAGCUCUAGCAGAUCCAGCUCUAGCAGUUCAAGCUCUCUCAGUUCAAGCUCUCCCGGUUCAAGCUCUAGCAGUUCCAGCUCUAGCACUUCAAGCUGUAGCAGCUCAAGCUGUAGCAGUUCCAGCUGUAGCAGUUCUAGCUCAAGUAGUACAAGCUCCACCAGUUCCAGCUCUAGCAGUUCCAGCUCUAGCAGUUCAAGCUCUCUCAGUUCAAGCUCCAGCAGUUCCAGCUCUAGCAGUUCCAGCUCUAGCAGAUCCAGCUCUAGCAGUUCAAGCUCUAGCAGUUCGAGCUCCAGCAGUUCAAGCUCUAGCUGUUCCAGCUCAAGUAUUUCAAGCUCCAGCAGUUCAAGCUUUGGCAGUUCCAGCUCUAGCAGCUCCAGCUCUAGCAGUUCAAGCUCAAGCAGUUCAAGCUCUAGCAGUUCAAGCUCCAGCAGUUCAAGCUCUAGCAGUUCCAGCUCUAGCAGUUCAAGCUCUAGCAGUUCCAGCUCAAGUAUUUCAAGCUGUAGCAGUUCAAGCUCUAGCAGUUCAAGCUCCAGCAGUUCCAGCUCUAGCAGAUCCAGCUGUAGCAGUUCCAGCUCUAGCAGUUCAAUCCCUAGCAGCUCAAGAACUAGUCGUUCUAGCUCUAGCAGUUCAAGCUCUCUCAGUUCAAGCUCUCCCGGUUCCAGCUCCAGCAGUUGCAGCUCUUGCAGUUCCAGCUCUAGCAGUUCCACCUCUAGCAGUUCCACAUCUAGCGGUUCAAGCUUUGUCAGUUCCAGCUCUAGCAGCUCCAGCUCUAUUAGUUCAAGCUCAAGCAGUUCCAGCUCGAGCAGUUCAAGCUCAUGCAGUUCAGGCUCUAGCAGUUCCAGCUCUUGCAGUUCCAGCUCUAGCAGUUCAAGCUCUCUCAGGACAAGCUCUCCCGGUUCAAGCUCUAACAAUUCCAGCUGUAGCAGUUCCAUCUCAAGUAGUUCAAGCUCCAGCAGUUCCAGCUCUAGUAGUUCAAGCUCUAGCAUCCCCAGCUCUAGCAGCUCCAGCUCCAGCAGUUCAAGCUCUAGCAGUUCAAGCUCCAGCACUUCCAGCUCUAGCAGAUCCAGCUCAAGCAGUUUCAGCUCUAGCAGUUCAAGCUCUAGCAGUUCAAGCUCAAGUAGUUUAAGCUCCAGCAGUUCCAGCUCUAGCAGUUCCAGCUCUAGCCGUUCUAGCUCUAGCAGUUCAAGCUCUCUCACUUCAAGCUCUCCCGGAUCCAGCUCUAGCAGUUCAAGCUCUUGCAGUUCAAGCUCCAGCAGUUCAAGCUCUCUCAGUUCAAGCUCUCCCGGUUCGAGCUCUCGCAGGUCCAGCUCUUGCAGUUCAAGCUCCCUCAGUUCAAGCACUCCCGGUUCCAGCUCUAGCAGUCUCAGCUCUAGAAGUUCCACCUCUAGCAGUUCACGCUUUGGCAGUUCCAGCUCUAGCAGCUCCAGCUCUAGCAUUUCAAGCUCUAGCAGUUCCAGCUCAAGCAUUUCAAGCCCUAGCAGUUUCACCUCUAGCAGUUCAUGCUCUAGCAGUUCCAGCAAAAGCUCUAGCAGUUCCAGCUGUAGCAGUUUCAGCUCAAGUAGUUCAAGCUCCAGCAGUUCCAGCUCUAGCAGUUCCAGCUCUAGCACUUUAGGUUUUAGUAGUUCAAGCUGUAGCGGUUCCAGCUGUAGUAGUUCCAGCUCAAGUAGUUCAAGCUCCAGCAGUUGCAGCUCAAGUAGUUCAAGCUCCAGCAGCUCCAGCUCUAGCAGUUCAAGCUCUAGCAGUUUAAGCUCCAGCAGAUCCACCAUUAGCAGCUCCAGCUCAAGCAGUUCUAGCUCUAGCACUUCAAGUUUUAGCAGUUCAAGCUGUAGCAGUUCCAGCUCUAGCAGUUCCAGCUCUAGCAGUUCAAGCUCUAGCAGUUCAAGCUCAAGUAGUUUAUGCUCCAGCAGUUCCAGCUCUAGCAGAUCCAGCUCUAGCAGUUCAAGCUCUAGCAGUUCAAAAUCUAACAGUUCAAGCUCUAGCAUUUCAAGCUCUUGGAGUUCAAGCUCCAGCAGUUUCAGCUCUAGCAGUACCAGCUCUAGCAGAUCCAGCUCUAGCAGUUCAAGCUUUGACAGUUCCAGCUCUAGCAGCUCCAGCUCAAGCAGUUCAAGCUCAAGCAGUUUAAGCUCUAGCAGUUCAAGCGCCACCAGUUCAAGCUCUAGCAGUUCUAGCUGUAGCACCACCAGUUCUAGCAGCUUCGCAGUUCAGCUCUGCAAUUCCAGCUCUUGCAGUUCAGCCUCUCAGUUCAAGCUCUCCGGUUCCAGCUCUAGCAAUUCCAGCUCUAAGUUCCACCUCUACAUCUCCACCUCUAACAGUUCACGCUUUGGCAGUUCAGCUCUAGCAGUUCAAGCUCUAACAGUUCAAGCUCAGCAGUUCAAGCUCCAGCAGUUCUGGCUCUACCAGUUCCCAGCUCCAGCACUAGCUCUAGCAGUUCCAGCUCUAGCAGUUCAAGCUCCCAGCAGUUCAGCUCCAGCAGUUCAAGCUCCAAGCAGUUCCAGCUCUAGCAGUUCAAGCUCAUGCAGUUCAUGCUCUAAGUUUCCAGCUCUAGCAGUUCCAGCUCUAGCAGUUCAAGCUCUCUCAAGUUCAGCUCUCCCGAGCUCUAGCAGUUCAAGCUCAAACAAUUCAAGCUCUAGCAGUUCAAGCUCUAGCACUAGUGUUAGCUCUAGCAGUUCAAGCUCCAGCAGUUCAAGCUCCAACAGUUCCAGCUCUAGCAGUUCCAUCUCUAGCAGUUCCAGCUCUAGCAGUUCAAGCUCUAGCAGUUCAAGCCCUAGCAGUUCAAGCUCUAGUAGUUCCAGCUCUAGCAGUUCAAGCUCUAUCAGUUCAAGCUCUCCCGGUUCCAGCUCUAGCAGUUCCAGCUCUAGCAGUUCAAGUUCUUGCAGUUCAAGCUCCAGCAGUUCAAGCUUUGGCAGUUCCACCUCUAGCAGCUCAGCUCUAUCAGUUCAAGCUCAAGCAUCCAGCUCUCCCGGUUCCAGCUCUAGCAGCUCCAGCUCUAGCAGUUCAAGCUCUAGCAGUUCAAGCUCCAGCAGUUCCAGCUCUAGCAGUUCAAGCUCAAGUAGUUCUGGCUCCAGCAGUUCCAGCUCUAGCAGUUGCAGCUCUACCAGUUCCAGCUCUAGCAGUUCAAGCUCUCUCAGUUCAAGCUCUCCGGCCAAAUCUAGCAGUUCCAACUCUAGCAGUUCAAGCUCUUCCAGUUCAAGCUCCAGCAGUUCAAGCUCUCUCAGUUCAAGCUCUUCCGGUUCCAGCUCUAGCAGUUCUAGCUCUAACAGUUCCAGUAGUAGUUCAAGCUCUCUCAGUUCAAGCUCGGUCCCAGCUCUAGCAUCACUCAGUUCCAGCUCUAGUAGUUCCAGCUCAAGCAGUUCAACCUCU